AUGCAUGCGCUACGCGAGAAUGCUCGUGGUGUGGAAUCAGUAAUACGGGAUGUGGGAGUAUCUCUUCACCAAUACCGUGGUCCUGAUGGGUUACGCCUUCUUAUGGAACAAGGUAAACUAUCUAUUUUAUCUGCAUUUGGUGAGUUUAGGAAGAGUAAUGAUGAAAUAUACAAUUCUCGUAUGAAGGUUGUUUCACGGACUCGCUCUGCUAUUAUGAAACUAUCUGAUCAGUUUGACGCAGUUGGUAAUACCAUAACAACUCUUACUACUCAACUUGAUGAACUAUUUGCAGGACUUCAACGGUUUACAGAAGUCUGUGAAAAACACUUGGAGGGAACAAAUGUAGAACCUGCUGAUUUCUCUGAGUUAAGUAAUAUUCGAUCUUCCAGUACUAAAAUACGUGUACUAGGACAUGAUUUGGCAUCUAAUAUUAAAACGAAUUCUUGUGGGAUUCAUUCUUCCUCUCUUGAACAAAUUGAUUCGAUCUAUUCAGAAGUGAAGUGUGAAGUUUCCAGAGCACAAACAAUAUUUGAUGUGCAAAGGAGGCAAGUAGAAGUUUCUGAAUCAGAGUUGGCAAAAAUUCAAGAUCUUAACCCUGAUCGUGCCAGAAUGGCAGAGUAUAAACAUCGUCGCUCAUUAGAAACCCUUCAAGGUGGUAGUGAGCAGUACCAUGCUGCUUUACAGUCUGGUAUGGAAAAGACAUCUUUUGUCUUGGAACAGGCAUCUAUGGCAACAUGGUCAGCAAGUAAUGUAUUUUUUCUUCAACUAAGUAUGUUCUUCAAAGAUCUAUUUGGUGAAUGUGAAAAAGUGGCUGGUAUUUUAGCCAAUAUUAAAAAUAACCGAAAAGUCUCUCAACGAAUAAACUCUGAAAAGCGAGCAGCAGCUAAUGCUGCUACUCAGAAGGUAUCAGUAAAGGAGAAGGUAAGCGAAAAUGUACCAUCAGAUUAUGAGCUUGUAGAUAUGUUUACUUCACAAUCCAGUAAUACUGCUCAACCAAAUAAUAAUCCUUCACCUUCACUGAUCGUUCAGGAGGAUACUGUAAAUCGAGGUGCAAGGGAGUCUAUUGAUAUAGACGAUAUAUUCAAGUAG